CAUUGUCAUUCGUUCAUGAACACAAUUUACGUUGCAUGCUUGCAUUUGUUUUUUUUGCAGAAUUGUAAAGUAUUUUCAGUAAACAAAGUUAUCUUUUUUCCAAUCCUGCAUUGUAAUUUUGUUCACCAUUAUGACUCUCAAUCUGGGUAGAAAAGACGGUGGACCUGGAUAUGUGGGAAUACAAUUCUGUCAAGAGUGCAACAACAUGCUUUACCCACGCGAAGAUAAGAAUAAUAAAGUUCUUCUGUAUGCCUGUAGAAACUGUGACUAUAAACAGCUAGCCGAUUCUAAUUGUGUUUAUGUUAACAAAAUUAUGCACGAAGUAGAUGAAUUAACGCAUAUAAACCCGGACGUGGUCAGCGACCCUACGCUGCCUCGCACCAAGGAUCACAUGUGCCCAAAAUGUAAUCACAGAGAGGCUGUAUUCUUUCAAGGACAAACACGACGUGCUGAAGAAGAGAUGAGGCUUUAUUAUGUGUGUACUAGUUGCAAACAUAGAUGGACUGAGUGAAUUGAGUUACUUUAUUUGAAACUUAUUUUAUUUCUAGUUUAAAGAGAGUGAAUGAGUUCUUGGAACUUCAUCUUUAAUGAUUAAUUUAAGCAAAAGUUUUAAAGCAGCAUAUUCAUAAAUCUGAAUAAUAACUCGUAAACUUGAAGGCAAAGAAAUCAACACUG